GUGGCGCAGGCAGGCAACCGCCCCGCACGCCGCCUUCCCUUUCCCAGGGAGCCGCCACACCCCCUUCCCGGGCAGCCUCGCUGCGUCCGGCGACACCUCGGGGGCCACCGCUUCUGCGAACCUCUGCCUCUUCGCGGACCAAGACCGAGGGGAGGAGGGCAGGCGGGGGCGUUCUUUCCUACCUCCCCAGACUGUUGGUGCCGGAGUUCCUGGGAAAGGCGAGAAAGCGCUCUUUCCUGGCAGCUGGGGUUGCAGAGACCCCGAGCGAGACAGCGCCGCAUCCAGCCGCUCCACCUCCGCGCUUCACCCGCUACCAGUGUCUUCCGGGCGGCAGCAGCUCGGCUGUAGGUGCGGACGUCUGGCCCGCGCCCCCUUGUGCCGCUGCCGCGGUGGGCGCGCACCCAGCUGGCCUCUCGCAGCCUCGGGGUUCGCGGCAGAUGCGGCGGCGGCGGGGUGCGUGAGUGAGCUGCUCUUCUCGCUGGUUCGGCCUGCGGUGGCAACCGAGGAGGGCCCGCUCAGGCGGGGCAGCGAUGCUCCUGCAUCACCGUUUGGAUGGGGAGCGGCGGGUGCUGGUUCCCGGAGGCUGCUGCAGCCCGGUUUGCGUGCAGGAAGCCUGAAAAGCGGCCCGUCUUCCCGGCGCCCUGCCGAGGCUGCCAGCCCUGAUGCAGGCAGGAACUUGCUACUUCCCGCUAGCCCGGGGCGUCGCACUCUUCCCCACCACUCCUCCCAGAACUGCAUUCUCACGGUCGCUCCCGGGACCCGUCCCUUCUCCAGCUGCUCACAAUCGUGCAGGCUAACGAAAGAGCCGGUUGUCGCGCGCCGUAGGCUGCCUGCAAUCAGUGGCGAGAUUGGCCGCGCGGGGGAAAGGCAGAGCAAAGAGCGCUGCUGGCGAAGCGGGAGAAAACAGGCGAGGCUAAGCCUGCCCAGACAUGUGAUGCAGGAGGGGCCUUGGGAUGAUAUGGAAUGUGGCCAGCUGCCUUCAGAUGCCCUCCGACAGGUGAAGAUCCAGCGUGACCCCAUCUACGGAUUUGGCUUUGUGGCUGGCAGUGCGAGGCCUGUAGUGGUUCGCUCUGUGACGCCAGGUGGGCCUUCUGAGGACAAGCUCUUGGCAGGCGACCAGAUCUUGGCCAUAAACAAUGAAGAUGUGAGUGAUGCCCCCAGAGAGAGAUUCAUAGAACUUGUGAGAAGCACAAAGGAGUCUGUCAUCUUCACUGUGCUACAGACCCAUCAGUCCCCAAAGUCAGCCUUCAUCAGCGCAGCCAAAAAGGCGAAGCUGCGGUCCAAUCCCGUGAAGGUUCGCUUUUCAGAGCAGGUCACCAUCGGAGAGACAGAUCCAGACAUGCUGAAGAAGGAAGCGCUCCUCCUCAUUCCGAAUGUGCUGAAGGUUUUCCUAGAGAACGGGCAAAUCAAGUCUUUCACCUUUGAUGGGCGAACCACCGUCAAGGACGUGAUGAUGACUCUGCAGGAUCGCCUCUCCCUGAGGCACAUUGAGCAUUUUUCCCUGGUCUUGGAGUACUCCAGCCCUGAGCAAAGCCACAAGUUCCUCCUGCUGCAGGACAAGCAGCCCCUGGCCCACGUGGUGCAAAGGACCCACUACCAGGGGAUGAGAUGCCUCUUCCGGGUGAGCUUCUUCCCCAAAGACCCGGUGGAGCUGCUGCGGCGAGACCCGGCAGCAUUUGAGUACCUGUACAUCCAGAGCCGCAAUGAUGUGAUCCGGGAGCGGUUUGGGAUGGAGCCCAAGCCAGAGAUGCUGCUUGGCCUGACUGCCCUUCAUAUCUACAUCACUGUCUCUGCCACGCGGCCAAGCCAGAAGGUCUCCCUCAAAAACGUGGAGAAAGAGUGGGGCUUGGAGCCAUUCCUGCCACCCUCGCUGCUGCAGGGCAUCAAAGACAAGAGCUUGCGGAAGUCUCUUUCCCAGCAGCUGAAGGCCCACCAGAACCAGCCAUGCGGCACCAAGGUCUCCACAACCCAAGCAAAGCUCCAGUACUUGCGCAUCCUGAAUGAGCUGCCGACCUUUGCCGGCGUCCUCUUCAACACCGUGGGACUGGAUGAGAAGCAACCAGCCACCACACUUCUGGUGGGACCCCGCCACGGGAUCAGCCACGUCAUUGACCUGAAGACCAACCUCACCACUGUGCUGUCGGAGUUCAGCAAGGUCAGCAAGAUCCAGCUCUUCAGGGAAAACCAGGGUGUGGCGAGGGUGGAAACGAGCAUCCUGGAUGCCAAGCCUCUGGUGCUGCUGAUGGAGUGGCCGGAGGCCACUAACUUUGCUUGCCUCAUUGCUGGCUACUGCCUCCUUCUGGUAGACUCCAAGAGAAUGAUCUUUGCCCGGCCUGCCAGUCAGCCACUGCCACCUCCACUUAUCAAGGCAGAUUUUGCCAACGCGCCCACCAGCCACCGGUCUGCAUCAGCAGCAAUGGGGCACCUGGGAAAGAAAGAGAGCCGGUUCCUGGGUGGCCCUGUCCCCAGCCGCGAGGAAUGCAGCCCUCGAGACACCAUGGCCGCGGAUGCGGAGCUCAUCCGCGUUUGCUACCUGCACAUGCGAGAGCAGAGGAAGGAGCGUGAGAGCCGGACAGACAUCAAUGAAAACCUGAUCUUCUUUGAGGAGUCCCGGCCCCGGACCAAAUCGGAUCCUACGCCCAAGAGCUCUGGGCAAGACUGCAACGGGGGCCCCCCUGACUAUGACCCGGAUGGCCUAGGCCGGGAGCGAUGGGCCAACCGAGGCAGGGCGUACACCAUGGACAGUCAUGGGAGGAGUCGCUCUGUGCAGUUCUUUUGUGACUCUUGCAAGGCGAAAGUGAAGGGCAGGCAGGCAGCCUCUCGCAGGGCUGGCACCUCUCGAGACAAUGUGGUGGAUCUGAUGUCCCUUCCACCACCGGGGAGUGAUGAGGAAGAGGAUGAAACCACCUCUCUGCUCCCCGCCAUUGCUGCACCCCCUCCGGGCUUCCGGGAUAACAGCUCUGAUGAGGAUGACUGUAAGCGUCGAGUGGCAGCGGCAGCGGCGGCAGCAGCAGCACAAGGCCAGGAGCAAGGUCGCCACCUCUGUGGCAUCCUCUAUGAUGAGAUCCCUGUAACACUCAUAGACAAUGUGCAAACAAGGACAGUCAGGGACCAUGCCCAAGAUCUGGAUGAUGCCCUGGUCUCUACCCUGCAGGCACUGGAAGCUUUGGCUGCCUCAGAAGAUGGCCCACACCCUCAGCCGCAGCAGACAACAGGCCUGAUCGUCCUGGCAGCCAUCACCCCCGAGUCAUCGCUGGACUCCGGCCACGAAACCAGCUCUUCAGAGAUCACCGACAUCUCAGAGAUGGUCUCGGCCAUGAAGCACCAGAAUGCCACCUAUGUCCUGGCUCAGCAUCUCAACAAGGAGAGCCUCUUGGCCAGGAAGGACCUUCCUUUCCGCAUUCAGGGCUGCGCUGCGCAAGCCGUUCUCUCUUCCCCUUGUGCCCUUCUGCCCCAGGAGCCCAGCUCUGCCCCAGAGCCGGCAAUCUUGAACCAAAAAUCCAACCCCUCCUGCAGCAUGAGCAAGCAAGAUCCCCCCCGACUAGGGAGGGGCUACACUGUGGCGCUCCCACCCGUGCUCGCCCAGCAGCUCAGCGAGUACAACAGCAAAGGGGUGCUGAUGGCGGCCUGCGAGUGCAAAGGUGCUAGUCCUCAUGCAGCAGCACCCUUGGAGGUGCCCUUGCACACCACUGGGGCUGCCCUGAGCAACAAACAGGACAAGGUACCCACCGAGGUCCGGCUGAGCCCCAAGCUAGUCCUGGAUGCCCACAGUGGGGUCACUCCUGCCAUCGUUGCAGCUGCUCUGCAACAAGUGGCUGGCCACAGAGCCUCUCCUUCCCUAGCAGCAACAGCAGCCACCGCCUCAGCAGAUCCUCCAACUGCAGACACUGCUUCUGACGGCAGCCACAGCUGCAGGCAACAAGCCAGCGGCAAGCCUGGCCCUCCAGCAACGACACUGGUGAGCCAGCAAACCCCUGAUUCUAAGUGCCCCCAAAAGCAGCAAGGCGAGGCCUCUCCAAGGCCCACAGGAUCCCUAGGCAGUAAAGCAGAUGUCCUUCCUCUCUCCCUAGCAGGUGACGCCAGGCAGGCUCCCAAGGGCUGCCAACCAAAAGGAACCCAGGGGUGUGAGGAGCUCAGCCAGAAGGGCGGGGGUGAGGCUUCCAGCCCUGUUGGCCAGAAACAGGGCCAAGGGGAAAGAGGACAACACGGACUAUCCGCCAAAAGCCACAAGGCCGAGGCAGCGAGCGGCCUGAGGUCCCCAGUUGCCCAGGGCGGGAGCCUCUCCAGGGGCCCUGGGGGAGAGGGUCUGAAAAGGCAGGAGGCCGGGCUGGGACCCAGGGUCGAGGGCCCUGCUGUCACUUCUGUGCCUUCCAAAAAUCCCGAGAAGGUUCUGGAGGCCGCCGCCCAGGACGCUGACAUCCCGGCUAAGCCCAAAGUGCCCAAGGCUUCCUUCCGGCUGAGGAAGCUCUUUUCUGCCACCUUCCCAGCACGGCUCAAGAAAGAGACAGAUGAGCGGCAAGCGCAGCUGCAGAAGGUGAGGCAGUAUGAGCUGGAGUUCCUGGAGGAGCUGCUCAAGCCAAAGGCCAAGGGGGACCCCCUCCCGCCGGAGUACCUGCUCCCCUUGGCUUCGGGGCACUGUCCCUGCCAGUUAAGGACCAGCCCUGUGCAGAAAGUGCCUGGGAUGUCCAGGGAGCAGAGGCGCAGCUGUGACUGCAAGCGCCUCAACCGUGGAGGGGCCAGGCCCCAACUCGGCCAGGUAACGCUGGCAGCAGGACUGGGCAGGCGAGGGAGGGAGAAAGCCCAGAAGCCGGCAGAGGCACUCAGAGGCACCAGCAUCAGAAGCCCUUCCAAGGGCAACCGGAUCAGGUCCACAAGUCUGGAGUCCAGAGGCUGCCGGUCCGACCCUGAGAACAGCUUGUCAUGUCUGGCCACCUGUACUCCUCGCGGAGAUUGCAUGGGGGCCCCACACUACAAGAAGCUGAUGCGCCGCUACAGCGUCAGCGAAAUAGACAAGGCGGAGCAGACUUCUCUGGCCUCGGACAUCUACCAGGGCGCUUAUCCAGCCAAGCAGAAAGCCUUGCCAAAGGAAAGCGAAAGCAAAGCCCAGGACCUGCCCCCAGCCGUGGGGAUGCAGCCCUCCUACGUCCAAAUCGCAGACCAAGAGAAGGCAAGUCAGCAGGAGCACCCCGUGCUCUCUCUUCAAGAGGACGUGUACCCAAGCCACGCCGGACUGCCGGAAGAAGACGUGGAGGGCGAAAAGUGCUGCUCCAUCCGGUAUUGCUUCUACUACAGGAAGUGCGACGUGGCUGACGACGGGAGCGAGAAGGAUGAGCUCUCCUAUUCCAUCCCCAUGCAGAUCCUCCCGGGCAUGAAGCUCGACCAUCAGGCAGUCCCCGUUGUAAGCAGGACCCUCCAGGUUCUGGAUGCCACCGCCUGCAGCACUCCCGAUGACAACCAGACUCAGGAGAUCGACCUGCGGACUUCCACCUUUGAGGGCAGCCUGGCGAAGAUCCAUGCUCUGCGAGGCCACACGUACACCUUGCCUGACGGAUUCCUGUCCGUGCAGAUAGACACCAGUGAGCUCUUGACCAUCUUGAGGCAGUGCGUGGUGAACCCAGAUGUUCGGGAGGGCAAGCCCUAUCUGUCCCAGCUCACCGAGUACAAGCAAGAGCUGGCCCUCAAGUUCAAGGAGUUCCGAGCCUCCUGCCGGAGGGUGGCCGCUGUUGACAAAAGCCCAACCCGCAUGCUCUUGGCCAUCACCAGCAGCUUCCAGGUGCUGGGCAGCCUGAUUGAGACGUUUGUGCGGCUGGUGUAUGUGGUGCGGUCAGAGGCUCAGCGCCAGGCAUUGCUGACCAAAGUGGAGGAGGUUGUGAGGAACUACACUUUCUUGCUGAGGGCAGCUGAGGAGUCGACGGCCAGAACUGUGUGCCACCGGGGGGACCAGGCAGCUGAGCCGCUGAGCCGGCAGUCAGUGGCCUCUGUCAUGAGCACAUUCACACGCUCCUUGAAGACACUGAUGAAUAAGUAAGGCAGCAUCCACUGGGGGUGCAGUUGCACCUUUCCCGUCAUGUUCGCCUGC